AUGGACUAUGAAACUGUAACGCCGAAUUAUAUUAAACUUGAGAAGAAUGAGUUAUUCGUUAACGUCCUCGGUGGUCAAGAUCAUUUUGGAGAUAUUGCUAAACUUGCGACAAUUAUCUCAUUGCCAGUAAUUGGAAACGAUAUAGAACCCCAUGUUCUCAAAGUUGCAACACUAUUACAUGGACAUCAAUCUCACAAAAAUGCUAUUUACCAGCCAUUAUUAGCCCAAACACUGAGCAAUAUUGGAUAUUGUGUAAUACGGUUCGAUUUUAGGGGACAAGGUGACUCAUCACCAAAUGAAUUUAAAAUGGAAGGAAGAACCAUUGAGCAAGAUGUUAAUGAUAUUCACACCAUUUGUACUUUUAUUUGCAAGGGUCCUCUUUUGGAUUUGGUCAACAUGAAGUUACGGGAGCAUAUGCCAUCAAAUGAUAGUAAUUAUGAGUCUGUCUGUCCUAAAAUCAUGGUAGCCCAUUCUAGAGGUGUACUUGCUAUGUUUGAAUAUCUACUAGCGUGUAAGGAAUUUCAAAUUCCAUUAAUAGUUAAUUGUUGUGGACGGUUUGAUGGUAGUGGAUUGCUUACAAGGUAUACAAAAAUAAAACCAACAUGGAGAAAAGAGGGUGGCCUUAAUAUUUCAACAUUAAGAUAUGGCAAAUAUGAGGAGUGUUGGGUCCCAACACCUGAAAUUUUAAGCACAGCCAAGGUAGAUACUCUAAAAUUCAACGAUAUCAAUCAAUCCUUCAAAGUCUUGUCGGUAUACGGAUCAAAGGAUUUAGUUGUCCCAGUUGAAGAUGGAGAGAAAUACGAAAAAUUAUUUCAAGAGAGGGGCCUGUUGCUUUUGAUAGAUGGGGCAGAUCACAAUUUUUAUGGGUUACCUGAGGACCCUAAUAUUCAUAAACUUCCACUUAAAAGAGGAAAAGUUAAUUAUUCAAUUCUCUUCAUAUCCAAAUUUAUGAAGUAUUUAGAGGGUUAA